AAAGGAGAAAGGCGGAUCUCCUCUACCGAGAAGCGGGCUGCUGCUCACGCGUGGGACCGCUCUGGCGAGUAACCAUGUCGCUUCUUCCUGUUCGUCUUCUUCUUCCGGCCUAAUAAAAAGAAAGAAAGAGAGAAACGCGGUGCAAUGGUGGCGGCGGAGCUGGUGCAGGAGCAUCUGCGCGGCGCGGAUGCCGCCUCGCCACCUGGCCGCAUCAAGUUGGAGGACGAGGCGGCGAGCCUCGGAUGCGCAACCGGUGAGGCCAAGGAGCCGGCGGCGGACGAAGGCGAUGCGAUGCUGCCGGACGGAGGAGAAAAAGAGCCGAUGAAGGAGAUGCAGCACUUGGAGACCAAGCUGUACUGGCACCGCUUCUUGGUUCUGGCCGUGUUCAGCCUCUACUCGCUCGUCAACGCCUUCCAGUGGAUCCAGUACGGCAUAUUGGCCAACGUGUUCAUGCACUUCUACCGGGUGGACAACGACAAGGUGGACUGGCUGUCCAUCGUCUUCAUGCUGGCCUACGUGCCGCUCAUCUUCCCGGCCACCUGGCUCCUGGACCGCCGCGGGUUGCGCCUCACCGCGCUGCUCGGCUCCGGCCUCAACUGCGCCGGCGCCUGGCUCAAGUGCGCCAGCGUGGGCCGGGAGCUGUACGCCGUCACCAUGGCGGCGCAGACGGUGUGCGCCGUGGCGCAGAUCUUCAUCCUCGGCCUGCCGUCGCGCGUCGCCUCCGUGUGGUUCGGAACCAAGGAGGUGUCCACCGCCUGCGCCACCGCCGUGCUGGGGAACCAGUUGGGCGUGGCCAUCGGGUUCCUGUUGCCGCCGGUCUUGGUUCCCAACACGCCCGACGACGUGGAGCUGACGGCCCACAACAUCAGCGUCAUGUUCUACGGCACUGCCGCCGUUUCCACUGUGCUCUUUGUCUUGACCAUCAUAGUCAUGAAGGACCGGCCGCCGCUCCCGCCCAGCCAGGCCCAGGCCGUCCUGCCCGACGGACCCUCUGAGGACUACUCCUACCGGCGCUCCAUGGUCAACUUGAUGAAGAACAAAGCCUUCAUCCUGCUGCUCCUCAGCUACGGCAUAACGACAGGCUCUUUCUACUCGGUGUCGACCAUCCUCAACCAGAUGAUCAUGGCGUGCUACAAGAAUGAAGAGUUGAACGCGGGGAGGAUCGGGCUGACGUUGGUGGUGGCUGGCAUGGUGGGCUCCAUUCUCUGUGGCCUGUGGCUGGAUCACACCAAGACCUACAAGAUGACAACACUGUUGGUAAACUGCCUGACGUUUGUGAGCAUGGUGAUCUUCACCUUCACACUGGACCUGAACAUCUACGUGAUCUUCUUCACGGGAGGCCUGCUCGGCUUCUUCAUGACGGGAUAUCUGCCUGUGGGCUUCGAGUUUGGAGUGGAGAUCACCUACCCGGAGCCAGAGGGAACGUCGUCCGGACUCCUCAACACUGCGGCGCAGAUAUUUGGGAUCCUUUUCACGCUGAUUCAGGGAAAACUGACGUCAGAUUACGAAAAGCCACUGCCAGGAAAUCUCUUCCUCUGCGCGUGGAUCUUCUUGGGAGUAGUGCUCACCGGCUUCAUCAAGUCCGAACUGAAGCGACACAACGUCAACAUCGGGGUGAACGUGAAAGAUCGACGGGCGCUUCCCACAGAGUGUCCCGCAGAGAAGAAGAUCAAGCUGGAACCCUCUCUCAGCUUCGCGAGGGAAACGUCACUGUAGCCAGGACGUCCGAAUGUCCCGCAAGACCCUAUGGUGGCCUUGGAAUUCUUUCUUGUUACUUUGUCGAAGCCGGACGGACGGACGUGGACGGACGGUUGGACGGUUAGUGUGUGUCCACGCCAGCGCUGACAUUUCCUGAGUUUACUUGAAUGUAUCACUUCCCUCGGUCGUUUCAAUGGAGGACACGUGGCGAAAGUGAGGGAAGCGCCGGACUGAUAAAGUCUCGGGGCAUAUUAAGAAGAAACGUAUGGAACGCCGUUUGAGCAUUUAUUCCAUAUCGUUGAUAUCUAGCUUAAGGUUCAUGUACUAGUACGCUCUUUGUCCUCUUGAGAAAAAUAAUUCAGCGCACCGGUAGAACAAGUGUCUCUUUGAAAUAGGGCUACAACUAACAAUUAUUUUAAUAAUCGAUUAAUUUGUCAAGUAUUUGUAUGGCUUAAUCGAUGGCUCGGAUAAAAAACGUUUUAUUUUCCAUGGCUUUGUUCAAAAACAGGACAUUAUUUCAAAUCGGGAGUGCAGAAAAUGCACAAACAUAAAUUGAUAGUUCCUGGUUUGGUCUGUAACAUGUCAAAAAUCUUUGCUUUCUAUUGUAACAAAGUUACAAAUGUCUUAUUUUGAUUCAACACAAAGAAAAUCUGUCUGAUAUCAUGGAGGACUACAGAAAUCUGGGAAUAUUUACUGUUACUGUUAAACAAGGUCUCGAAAUGAUUAAUCGAUGAGCAGAAUAUUUGUCUCUUAAUUUGAUAACCGAUUAGUUGUCGAUUAAUCGAUUAAUUGUUGCACCUCUGCUUUCAAGUAAAGUUUAUUCUAUUUUUGUCUUCCACGACUGUGUGACACACUAUUAGAAGGACUUUGGCUACUAGUCGAACAAUUAUAUGUUACUAGUGAGGCGAAACUGCACACUAGUUGAUGAAUAAUACCUACAACUCCCAUGCACAUUGUGUUGCUUCAUAAUGCACAAUCCAUUUUGAGCCAAUUACUCAUUUAGUUGAUGGGAUAACUAGUAGAAUAAUCAAUUCCAAAAAUAUUCGAUAGUCCCAGUCACUGGUAGUACUUGAAGCACGCAGUUGUUAACUAGUGCACUGUUUUGCCUCACUAGUUUCCUGCUGUUGUCCUACUAGUAUGCCAAAGUUGUUCAAAGAGUGUACUAGUACAUGGACCUUAAGCUGGAUAUCAAAGGGUAUUAAAGCCAAUUGAGAAUUAAUUUGAUAUCAAAGAUUUCCAAACCGUUUGAGCAUUUAUGCGAUUACAUUUCAUAUUCAGUUUAAGAUUGUACUAGUAGGCCCAAAGUGCUACUUGUAGUGGAAAAAAACAGGACUUGUAAAACACAGUCAUUCUACUAGUGCGUUGAAUUGUCUUUUGAGUCAGGACAGAGUGGGUACUAGUACAUGGGCCUCACUCCCAACCCUCCCAGUUAACAUGGAUAUUUGACUUCUAAAGCAGCCAAUGGCAGUGAAUGUGUUAAAAUGGAUAGCAAGGAUAUGGCAUAAACGCUCAAGCGGCUUUCUGGACACUCAAAGUCAAUGUGCACAACUACACGCACAACGUUUUAUAUUUAGGUGCAUGCUGUGCGUGUGUCUGUGUGUGUGUUGUGUGUGAGUGAGUGAGAAAGAGACUGUUGGAGAGCGCCAUUUUGUGGUUGCAUAAAGUACAGCAUGAUGCCGUCAUGCAACGGUUUGUCUCAUUUCAUUUUUGCUUAUACUGUAUGCAGUUUCUUCCUUUUGUACUUUAAACAAAUUGCUGAACACAAACAACUUGAAAACCGUUUUUAUUUUUAUUAUGAAUAGUUUGAUGUCAUUUUUUUGUUAGAAAUAUGAACUUUCGAGUUUUUUUUGUACGUUGAUGUUCAGGCUUUUUUUUUUUUU